GAAAGAGAGCUACGGCGUCGGGUUCCGCGGUGGCGACUAUGCGCGUCAUCGAUCGCGCGUGCCUUCGCGAUCGGCCGGAGAUGUGAUACCGGAAGUAGGACAGGCAGGGUUGACCUGCGUGGGCGUGCAGGUACGCGGCGUACGUGCGUGCGUGCGUGCCUACCUGCCUGCCUGCCUGCCGUGGAUAGGCCGCAGGUGUACCGCCGCGUGGGCCAGCCAGUUGUAGAGAUGAGCGUCGCCACGACGACCUGCUCGUCGCCGGCGUACCCGACGUCGGGGACCAACUCCUGCUGCGGUAUCACUGCCGUGCGGUUGCUCUGCGUCGUCCUGCUCUCUACCUGGAUUAUCCUCGAUCGGCCGGCCCUGGGUCUACCCGAUCCCGGAUCGGAUCAGACGACCGCGGAAGAUCUAUCUGGUAGGGGUACGAAAAAAUUUGGUGACGACUGUGUGAAGGACAAAGAGUGUGGCUUCGCUGGCUCCUAUUGUGAACCGAAGAAGAACAAAUGCGCCUGUAAAGAAGAAUUUGAGACCACGAACCAUAUCGACAAGUGCGGACACGCUGCGAACGUGAACGAGUCCUGUUUCUUCACCGAGCAAUGCGAAGCGCGAGUGAGUCAAACGGAAUGUCGCGAUGGCCGAUGCAUCUGCCUCUUCGAGAAGAUCCCCGUGACGCAGGCGGACGGUGUAAUAACUUGCGUAGCCGAGGUCAUAGAGCCACCCAGCCUUCAGUACAUCGAUCCGGCGAUGAUCGGCGUUCUCGUUGGUAUGGCACUGAUGUUCGUCAUCAUUUGUGUCGUUCUUAGGCUCUUCAGCAAGGCCCGCUGGCGAGAGAACCGUACUAUCUUUAAUACACCCAACGCGCGACUGAUGAACGUUUCGUUGCUGAGGGAGAACAAACUCUUGCACGCGGAGAGACGUGGCUCGAGGGCGAGCGUACGAGCUCCGUCGAGGCAACCCUCGAUGGUGUCCUUGAGAGCCCACUCGCCAACCGCUUCGCAAGGUCUUCAUGCUUAAAGUUAUUCUGGCUUUUCGUGUCGUGCUGCCGCGCUGUCGCGCCAAAGCACGCGAUACUUUAGCAAGAAAAUCUCUGUCGCCAGGGUCACGUACAGGAUCGCGACGUGGGAGCCACAACAGCAGCGGGAACGCUUCGGCCGCCUCGGUGAAAUCUCCGAAUCAUACAAACAACGUCACCGACUCGGUCCAGGAGAACGUCACCGUCGAGAUUCUCAACGCGAAGGCAUAAGACAAGAUCGUCUUAGCACAAACGAUCCGAUCGACAACACACACACACACACACACACACACACACACACACACACACACACACACACAUUCCCGUCACUAGUCUCGCGUAGAUUAAACGCGCGGCGCUACAUCGCACAGAUCGCCGUCCGUAAAUAAAUCUUUAAUCCGCGUAAAAAUUGACCCUGCUCUCCACGCUUUCGUUCAGUGACUGAGGAAUGAAAAUUUAACGUUCGAUAAUGCAAAUGUCAUUGGUAAAUACUUUGCCUAGAUAAAUCGUGACGAAAUAUCGACUCGUACCCGACGUCGAAAUCUUGACGAGGUCGGGAUACUCGUAAAUUAUCAGUAAUUGGAAUUGCCUAAGUACCUAUUGCCGCUGCUUUAACAAUUAGCUGGAGAAAUAACCGGUAGAUUAAUUGCGAGGAGUCCUUUCAGCGUGUCUCUCUUUUGAUAUAAUUCGAGAUUCCUCUAAGUAUCCAAUAGAACGUAAUUGAAUAACGAUAAUCAGAACAUUGAUCUGUUUUGUUAAUUCUCUUAUUUGCUAAUAGAAUAUUAAAUCGGAAAGCCAUGUCAGAAAUAGAAAAGAAACAUAGCUCAUUACAAGAUAAACGUAAACUGUCAGUAAUGGAACGCCUAUAAUUAAGCUGUCUUUAGCAAUAGCAGUUGUGACUAAAACUGAACGAUUAGCGAUCUACAGUAUGACCACAUCAAGUUUAAUUGUACGGAUUAAUAAUUAACUUGACGGAAUGUUAACGAUCUGAGAACAGAGACUUGUUUAGCAAAAAUGCGAUUCGGUACACUCAAUUCGAUACAUUUAGUUGCGAAAUAUCGUAAAUGACGUUUCGGGAGAGACUCUAUUUGAAGAACUUUAUUAAAAUUGAAAGAGAUGGAAAUCGUACACAUCAUAUCUCUUUAUACUGUGACCACGUAUGUAAAUCUGUUGCUCAUCCGACUAUCAAUGUGGUUUCUCGCGUGUUCACUUUGUGGCAGCUCUUUCAAUCAAUUUUCAUCUCUUUCAGCAAUCAAUACACGUUAACGUGACAAUUGUGGCGAUGGACAAUUAUCGAGACACACCUGCGAGCGCGCGCUUUUCGGACCAAGCGGCUUUAGUAUCGCAUUCGACCGUUCCGUUAAAUGAGAAUACACAUAACGUACAUGUAACAGGUAAUUGGUACCAUCAUAUGCCAAUGUAUAUCAAAGUUGCAGAGAACGCGAUACACGCGCUCGCAGAAGAUCCCGCGAGAGAUACAUCGAGAGGAAACAUAUACAGUAAUACAACACGGUCCGUUAAGGAAGUCAUGGAGAAUCGGAGAGUAGCGAUUGCACUUGACUGUAAAUUAUCGGUCCGUAUACAACAGCUAAUUAUCCCGUUAUUAUUAAGAGAAAAGUAUAAGCGGCAAGAUAAAAAAAAAUGAUGAUAAUUUUCUUCGACUAGUGCUAAUCAGUCGGACUCACAGUAUAGCUCACAUUAGAAAUUGAAGCGAGGACAAGUCAUUCACAGUGUCGAUGCGAUGAUCGGUACGAUCAGACGCGUAUGCCUUUUCCCUGAAAGUUUUUUUUUUCCUCGGUGUGUGACGCCGCGGCAUCGAGACGCGGCAGGACGACGAUCGCGGGAUCGAUGAUCAAUCCUACAACAUCGAAAGCGACGCUGCGGCUCGAUUGACUCGCGACAAGCCAACGCGAAAGGGACCAGAGGAGAGCGCGACGCACGAAAUUGAAAGCAAGGUUUGUUGCCGAAUUCGCUAAGACGGUGCCACGCGGCGGUGAUUAAGAGUGCAUCUGAUGAAUAUUAAGUCACAUACAAUCAUAAGCGUAGCACUGAAUGAUGAUCGCAUCAAUUAAAUGUAAUCAAAGCACGAGUAGACGACAUUUCCUCUAGGUGUGCACAGAUUUUUCGUAAAAUGAGAAAAAAGUAGUGCUUAUGAGCAAAAAGUUUUCCUUCAGAGAAACAUUUAGAAAUUUAUUUUUUCUUGCUUAUUUUGGAGCGUUUAUUGUAAUAUGAUAUAAUAUAAUAUUGACGUAAAUAUUGGCGAACAAAACUAGGAUACACUAGAAAAUUUGGAGAAGAGAAAUAAGAAGAAGAGAAGAAAGAACAAAAAGAGGUCCUUUUAAAGAAGCGUAUAUAUCUUAUUACAGACAUAUACCUUCUAGAAGAAAUCACGUACUAAAAGAAAAAUCGAAGAAAUUUCAAAUUCAGAAAACUCUAAGGAAUUUUAGAGAAACUUAUUUGAAAGAACUUUAUUAAAAUAAAAAAUUUUCCGUCUCUUUUGAAAACUUGUAGCUGCCAUUUUACGGCAUCCGGAUAAAAUUUGGCACUAUGCGCGUUUGCCGAAUUAAACAAGCGUAGGAAAUUUUUGAAUGACCAAUAAACAUGUAUAUUUCUAGUUUGUUUCAUAUACUUAUUGCGAUGACGUUUCGGCGUCGAAAAACAAAUUUCACGCGACCAAAUCGUUCCUUCUCGCAGCCAAACUUAUUUCUAAUGCCGAGCUUAAGAGUAAUUAAAUGAAUAUUUGAGGUCACAGAGAAUAUUCAAAGUCUAACAUUAAUAUUCGUAUAUCGAUAAUAAAUUCGAUUUAUUAAACACGCAGAUGGAAAUGUACGUCGAGCACAAUAUUGAUGCAACAUCGGCAACAAUUAGCGCUCGGAAAUUUACGCUUUUCUCUUCAUUCGACGAGAUUAAGCAAGAGAAAGAGGGGUUGAAGAAAUAAUGAAAAAAACAUAUAUAUAUAUAUAUACACAUAUUAAGAUAUAAAUCUUUAAAAAAGAGACAUCAAAAAAUGAGUCUAGUUUGUAGCGGUCCAAAAAGCGUAUGCAUAUAAUCCACAAGAAGUUCUAAGAUUUAGAAUAAGUAUUUUAGAAUCAUACGGGAAUGUUGCUAAUUAUAUCAGAAGCUUUGUCGUUUAUUAUCGCUUUUGCCUCCAACUCCUCUCUUCUCUGCGGCAUGUGUUAAUUGCGUUUCAUCUCGUCAGAUUUUGUCCACGCGAUGCAUAUCGGGAUCGUUGAAAAAAUGCUUCUAGCUUGCUUCAUUAGAAAUAGUAAUAACACACAGCAUUGUAUUAUUAACGAAUGUUGCGUGUGCACUUGUCAGGUCCAAUGGAAAUCCAUUAAACUCGUAUGUCCUGCGUUACGUGGAAAAAAGAAUCUCUUUGCGUAGAGCGACCAAACAGUGCGAUUAGGAUUACAUACAAGUUUUGACUCAAAAGUUUGGACACAUGCGACUUUAUACAAAUAUCUUAUUAAUAGCACAAGAGUACAUUUCGGUAUCUCGAAAGCUUGCAAUGUUCGUACUCGAUAGAAUUGUGAGGGCAUACGAGCGAUCGUAGUCCAGUACGAUUGUAUCUCAACAAUUUAGUGCCUGCGCUGUCGCGUUCCUAGAGAUAGAUCUAAAUUUAUCGACCAUUUAUUACGACUACAGAAUAUAUAUACACAUUUACACGCACGUAUCGUGCAAGAGAGAAUCUAUAAAGUAUAUUGAUAUAAAAGCGUAUACACACGAUUAUUCAUGAAAGCUUGGCACUAUCUGCACUGUCUGUAGAUUACUUCUGUAAUGCCUAGCAAGUGUCUCCACUCUGUGAUCCGUGUUAAUUGCGUGCAGCACAUAGCUGCGAUUAUUCUAUGCGGACAUUAUUGUGAUUAUUGUUAUCGUCACUAUUAUUAUUAUUAUUAUUAUUAUUAUUAUUAUUAUUAUUAUUAUUAUUAUUAUUAUUAUUAUUAUUAUUAUUAUCACAUCAUCAUCAUCGUCAUUAUAAUUACUGUCGCUAUUACAACGCUCUCGUGAAGAGCGUCAAGCAAAAUGACUCGCUUAGGGUAUUACCACCCCGCACCUGACAUCGUUCCGCGUUUAAAUUCGUCACUAUCGUAAUAUAUGCAUUCUAUGAUCAUCCAUAGGCUUACAUCCGCGCGUGAAUCAAACAGAAACCGUUAUUGUCAUUGUUACUAAUAGUACUUCUAACGGAGCGAUAAAGUAUUGUCGCUGCUGCGAAGCUCACUGUAAGGGAUGCGUGGGUGCGCGUGCAUGAGUACGUGAGAUGGCCAAAAUCUAUUAGAUAGCGGCCAGAAUCUAAUUGUAUUUUUUUUCGCAAAUAAGAAUGUAGCUCGUAAGAUUGGGUGAUUUUAACCGAUUGAACUAUUGACCGACGUCGCUGUCGAGAAAUCGGGACGGUCCGGAAACGAAAUUCGGGGAAGGUUUCUGUUCGGGAUCGCGCGAUUUCAAGGCGCGACGUUCUUCUUCUAGAAUAAUAAUACAACUCUUGUAAUAGUAAGUCUAAGGAAUUAAUGCACACUCGAACACACGAUCUAUCAAUCGUGCAAAAAAUGAUCUGCACAAAAUCUAGAUGGAUUUCUCGAGCUUCAGGAUAAUUAUCUAUAGGAUAGCUGACGCUUCGACGAUGCGGAUAUGAUAUUCUAAGUAUACUUUAAUUCGAUAUCACUUAUCAAGAGUAUAUUUGCGAGCAAGUUCGCGCGCGCACUGAUCUUUUUCUCCGCCCUUAAACAAAGAACGAAAUAAAAAGAAAGGAUAAAAAAGAAGGAGCAAAACGGAUCAAGCAGAGUGCCUAUUCUUUAUCACUCGAAAACGCUCGCUCACUUUUGUAAGUUUCUCUAACUGUAACGUGUAAAGAAUUAAGUAACACUUUUUGCACACUCUACUCUUUUCUUGGCAGAAACUCGAUGAUAACAAAGAUAAAACGACAUUUUCUAGUACUAAAUACUUUAUAAUGUCAUAAGUAAUUUUGCUCGAUGUUUGACGGAUCGAUUAAUUCGAUGGUGAACGAAUAAUAUGUAAUUACGAUGUUCUCUCGUUAGAACUAAUUUCGUUUUAUACACAGUGUAUCUCAAAACGUAUAAUCAGAUAGUUUCGAUUUUAAUUAUUAGCUCUCUCCCAAGCAUUAUUAUUCAUUGAACAAUUUGUGUUCAAUUGUAAGCGGGAGACUAGAUUCUAGAAAAUUUGUGGUAUGUAUCUGAAAAGUGUUUUGCAGUGCGCAUUAUCGCGUGCCAAACCGAUUCACUGCGCUAUCAUUAAUCGACGGAUUCGCAAUUGCUGAGGCAGUUGCGAUGUUUUCAACGACCAAAUUAAUAGCAAUGAUGACUGUAGAUUAGAACACGGUCGAGAUUUUCUUGAUAUCGUAAUGAGGAAUAGAUAAUGUAAAUGUGAAUAAUACUAGGAGGAAUGAUGCCGUGAUCCAAAUAUGGGGAAGUGUUUGGAUCAUCGCCCGUUCCCAAAGAAACAUUUCAGAACGCAAAGAAAAUUUCAAACUAUGCAAAUAACCUACUAUUGUUUAUUGACCAAUAUAUAGUCGCGAUUAGGAAAAAAGUAUCGACUCGUAGAAACGAUAAACAAUUAGUUUCUACGUAGAGCAAGCUUCGAGAAUAAUUCAGGAUAAUUCAAAAUAAAGAGGAUCUCUCUAUUUGAUAUCGAUUAGUUUCGAUCUAGUAUCCCACGGGUGUCCGAAAUGUCGCGGAUGUGCAUCAAAGAUUACCAUGUCCCGAAAUUACAGAUAAUCAUCGUAAAUGAUCCUCGUCUUGCGAAGAAUGACAACAGAUAAUCAACACAUUUGGUACAAACGACGAUCAUUUCGACAAUGAACACGCAAGCGCGAUCGUAUUUUUUAACGAUCUCGGAAGAACGAUCUUUCAUCGAGUACAAUGCGAAUAAUUGUAAUUUACCUUACGGAUUUUUGCGUAUGUUCGACCUCAGCACAAAUAUUGUCACUCAAAAUCGUAUUCCUACUCUUUACACAAGUAAACAUUAAUUGCUGCGCGAUAUAUUGUAUCUUAUAAGUCGAUACAAAGUAAGUUGUUUCUUCUUACAUAUAUAACCAGCGAUAAGAUUUAAUCGCUAAAACUGCUUGCUCUCAAAAGACUAUGCGAUAUGUGGUAUUAAUACUCUAUUAUUGUAUAAGCUUUUGCGGAUUGCUAAAGUUCGUUGUAAUAUAUACAUAUAUCUUUAAAUUUUAUGCUUGCUAUUUAUUAUUAUUCACGAGAUAGAUAGAACUACUUCUGUCUGUCUUACCGUUGCUCGAAUAGCAGAUCGUCAACGGUACUCACGACACAUUGUGAUCUGAUCAUAGGAUUAAUAAAUUUCUAAUAAUACGCGUUUAUAAAAUGCAAAAACAAGAAUGUAUAUACAUAUAUACAUAUAUAUAUAUAUAUAUAUAUAUAUACAUGUUUGAAUCGAUGACGCGUAAAUUACUUUGAUCUAAGCGUAAAUACUGAUUUACGUGAUGAUUAAAUCUAUGGAUAAGCUCUAUGUUACAAUGCUAAUUAAUAGUCUCUAAGGAUAUCUACAUAGUGACGGUUUUUAGACAGCAACUGAAAUCCCAAGGAACUCUCACUUGCAAUCACAUUGUAGCUAUGAUCGAAAAAUUGGUACUAGAGAUAAUUUGAAAGCGCGUUAAAUGCGAUAGCGUUGAUAACAUAUUUAGAAGACACGGUAUGAGAUUGGGUGCGGGUAAAAUAUAUACGCGAGUCCCUCUUUCUCCAAUUUUCAAUAUUUUAUAAAGUCCGGUAUGUGCAAAAACGAAGAUGAAUAUCGUCAAAUUACGUGAUCUACGUCGUAAUUACUUAUAUUAACUUUAUUAUAGCGGCUUAGCGUACCUUGUAACUUUAUAUCAUACUUUUCAUAUUAUAUAGCUUACGAUGAUCAAUGAGUAAUCUAUAACAAAUGUAUCUAAAAUUCAAUUAUAUUCUGACUCUUCAAAUUCGUUUUAAUAAAAUCUUAAUACACUGUACAAA